CCAACCGGUAGCGUCAAAAACAUGUAGUUGUAGAUGUAGAUAUAAUAAGCAACAUAAAAUAAUGUUAAUUAUUACAAUUUAGGAAUUAAGUAUUACCCACUCAAAUAUUAUUGUCAAUUCUUGACCUUAAAUUGUGUGUUUUAUUAUAAAACUUAACUAUGGCCGCGGGACCAAUAGCAGAGAGAAAUCAAGGUAACUAACGUUUAUUUUGUUUCUAUAAUACUCCAUAUAAUUUGGUAAUGCUUAUUUAAAUGUUACUAAUUCCAAUCAGUGGCGUGGUGAACAAUGUUUCUUUAAACUAAUUGCUUACCCUUAAAAAUAUGAACGACAAAGUGGAGUUGUCAUUUUUACAGUAUAUUCAUAAUGCCAUUGAUUACGAUACCAAUGCUGUUCUAUUUAAUUCAAAAAAUACUUCUCAAAAGUUCACUACUAUUAUUAUUAGUUAACCUAUUUUUAAAUUAUAAAACCCUAUGAUUCUGAUAGCUAAUACAAUUUUAUUUUUUCAAUAUAAAUGAAAAGAAUAUGAUUUAUUUUUUAUAUUUUACAUUUGCUAAAAUAUGAUAAACAAUAUCAAGUCGUGUAUCACUCAAUUAAAUUUACAGAUGCUACAAUUUAUGUUGGGGGUCUUGAUGAAAAAGUAUCAGAUACUCUUAUGUGGGAGUUGUUUGUUCAGGCUGGUCCAGUGGGUAAUUCAAAAUAUCAUUAACUUAUACAACAAUUGUUUCAUAUUCUAAUAGUUAAAUUAUUAAUAUUUAGUUAAUGUUCAUAUGCCUAAAGAUCGAGUGACACAAUCACAUCAAGGAUAUGGCUUUGUUGAAUUUUUAGCUGAAGACGAUGCUGAUUAUGCUAUUAAAAUAAUGAACAUGAUAAAAUUGUAUGGUAAACCUAUACGUGUUAAUAAGGUAAAAUUUUUAAUACGAGUUUUAUCUUCAAUAUAAAAAUAUACUUAUAUUUGACUUGUGUAUUAUUUUUACUUGGUUAUAUAAUGUAAAUAUAUAUAUUAUUUGUUUUAGGCAUCCGCUCAUCAAAAGAAUCUCGAUGUAGGCGCUAAUGUAUUUAUUGGUAAUUUAGAUUCAGAAGUAGAUGAAAAAUUGCUGUAUGAUACUUUUUCUGCUUUUGGAGUAAUUUUACAAACACCAAAGGUAUUUAUUAAUAUUAUAAAUGGUUGAUAUGUUGCUUUUGUGUUAGGACAAAACUAUUAAAAAAUGUUAUGUAGAAAUUUUGUUUCUAUACCCUUUAAAAUAAACAAUCUGUUGUCAGAUUUCCGAUUUUCUGACCAAUUUUCCAAAUUGAUUACUGUUUAUUAAUUUAUCCAUCAAGGUAUACUGUAGUGUAAAAUUGUUUAGUAUUUUAUACAACUUGUAAGCCAUAAUGUCAAAAAAAAAUCAGAAAUUGAGAAAAUCUAAUGAUUUCUUUUCUGUAAGGACUUACAGAGUAAAGUUAUUUAAAAUAUUUUUUGUUAUUUUGACAUUUUUUUUCCAUGCCCGGAGGUCUGAGAUUAACUUAAGUUUAUAUUAACAUGUUGACUGUUCAACGUCAAUUAAACUCAUAAUGAUCAGUCAUUAACACAUUUGAAAUUUUUAGCUUCCAAUGUCCAUUUUAUGUAGUUCAGUAUUCUCUAUGUAUGGCUAAAUAAUAUUUUGUUAUUAAUUAGUUUAUGUAGGAUAAGGAUUAAAAUGUUAUGUACUUAAUGAAGUGAAAACUACUAAAAUUUAAAUGUAGUCAACAUGUUAAACAAUUAAAAUUACAUUAUUUUAUUUAUAUAAUUAUUUAAAUAAAAUUAUAGAUUUAUUAUAGACUUAUAUAAAAUACAUUUAUACAUUUGUUCAUUUAUAAUUUUAUCAUUUCAUUACCAAUAUAAUGUACAUUAAUUUUUCAAAAAAUGAAAAUUUAAGUACUUAUAAUUUUUUAUUUUUAUUUUUAGAUAAUGAGAGAUCCUGAUACUGGUAAUUCAAAAGGAUUUGCAUUCAUUAAUUAUGCAAGUUUUGAAGCAUCUGAUGCUGCAAUAGAAGCUAUGAAUGGUCAACAUUUAUGCAAUAGAGCCGUUUCUAUUUCAUAUGCAUUUAAAAAAGAUGUCAAAGGGGAGCGACAUGGAUCUGCUGCUGAAAGAUUACUCGCUGCUCAAAAUCCACUCAGCCAAGCUGAUCGUCCUCAUCAACUGUUUGCUGAUGCACCUCCCACUCAAAUGCCAAUGAUGCAUCAAAUGCCUGUUCCCCCUCCCCCCAUUAUGCAACCCACCAUGCAAGUGCCUAUGACUAUGAUGGCUCCACAUCAAAUGGCUCCACCGCCUCGCAUUAUGCCUUGGCAAAAUCAGCAGGCACCUCCUCAACCUCCUACAUAUCAACCACCUCCACCACCGCCCCCAAGUUUCAAUAAUUUUGCACCACCAGGUUUUCAUGGAGGUUUUGUACCACCUCCUCCACCACCGCCGUCACAAGGACAAAUGCCCCCACCAUUACCACCUUCACAUCCUGCUUUGCCAUCACAUAUGCAAAAUCACAUGAUGCCUCCACCACCACCUCCAAUGUCUAUGAGCAGUGGACCACCAAUGCCUCCACCCCCACCUAUGCAACCAAAUAAUAUGAUGCCUAUGAAUUGGAAACCAAGUAUUCCUCCGCCACCUCCUCCUGCGCCAGCUUAACAUUUUAAUUUUAAUAAAUUAUGGAAACUAAUUAUUAUAUACCUACUGAAAAAUUACUUUUUAGUAUAAUAGAAGACAAGUAAUUUGUAUACUUUUAAAAUGAUAAAGCUUUAUUUGUUGCAUUUUUGUGUAUUGGUAUUCACUGGUAUUUAAAUAGUUUAACAACAUAACAUACAGCUGAGAAAAAAAAAACUAAAAACUUAACAAAACAUUUUCCAAUACAUUUUAAUGUACUUAAUUAGACACUCUUUUUUUAUUUGCUGAUGGUGUUAAAAGAAGUGAUGCUGGAGUUUGUAAUAAACCUUGUAGAGUUUCUAAGAAAUCAGAGGCAGCAGAUUCACUUAUAGCCCGUGAAUCAUAUGAUAGUGUGGCUGUCAUAAAUGUCUGAGGUUUACCAUUUAAUGCUGU